ACAUUGCAUACGAGUGUUCACGUUAGAGGAUAAAGAGAGUACGAUAGAAAAAUAUAAGUCCGGUCUAAUUGCGACGGCCGUUCCAUUAGAGAUUAAACUUCAAACGGUUACCGAAUGUGUUCCAAUGAUGUGUUUCUCUCGGAUUAAUUAAUAAUAUCUUCUAACUGAAUACAAUUGUGAAACAUGAAGGAACAACAAGAAUUAUUACAACAUUUGGAACAAGUCGAAGCAAAAGCUGGUGAAAUUCUAACUGACAGACAAGAAAUAAUUGCACUUGAUAAAAGAAGAAACGACGACAGGGUUGGCAUGAGAGCAUUGCAAAAGGCAAACUGCGAAAAAACUUGGAUGACUAUAGGUCCUAUGUUAUUAAAAAUGUCAAGUAAAACUGCAGAAGAAUUGCUUUUGAAGGAUCAAAAACAAUGCGACAUAGAAGUGAAUAAAUUGAGAAGCGACUUAAAGAUCAAAGUAAACGAGCUGAGAGAUUUGGAAUUGAAUCCACCUGUACCUGGAUUAAUGUUAAAACCUAUGGCCUAUAAAGAGAUGUCUGCCAUCAACCAAGUUCUAGGAAGAAAUUCUUAAUUACUGUUAAUAUUAAUUAAAACUAUAACUUUUAAUUUAACAAUAAAUUGUCUUUUAAA